GUAUUUGGUGAUUACUAUCACUUCCGGCAUCGCAGAGUGGUGAAGAGAUCGCUGUCAGAUCACAGAGGGACACAAGUCCGUCUGGAAAGAGACCCGAAGGUAACUUGGGCAGAGCAGCAGGUGUCCAAAAAGAGGAAAAAGAGGGAUACCGCUACAGAAUUUGUAGAUCCCAAGUUCAGAGACCAGUGGUACCUGAACAACAACAACCACCGGGACUUGAACGCCAAAGCUGCGUGGCAUUUGGGCUACACGGGUCAAGGAGUGGUGGUGUCCAUCCUGGACGAUGGAAUAGAGAAGAACCAUCCCGACCUGUCGCAGAACUAUGACCCGGAAGCUAGUUACGACGUGAAUGACGCUGAUCCUGAUCCUACGCCUCGGUACACACAGCUUAAUGACAACAGGCAUGGAACCCGAUGUGCAGGAGAGGUGGCGGCGGUGGCCAACAACGGGGUCUGCGGGGUCGGUGUGGCCUACAAUGCAAAGAUCGGAGGUGUGCGUAUGCUGGACGGAGAGGUGACUGACAUGGUGGAGGCCCAGUCUCUCAGUCUGAACCCCCAACAUAUCGACAUCUACAGCGCCAGCUGGGGCCCAGAGGACGAUGGCAAAACAGUCGAUGGACCCGCCAAACUGGCCAAGGACGCCUUUCUCCGAGGAGUCACAGAGGGUCGUGGAGGUUUGGGCUCCAUAUUCGUGUGGGCCUCUGGGAACGGAGGAAGGGAGAAGGACAGCUGCAACUGCGACGGCUACACCAACAGCAUCUACACGCUGUCCAUCAGCAGCACCACGCAGAACGGCAACGUCCCCUGGUACAGCGAGGCCUGCUCCUCCACCCUCGCCACCACCUACAGCUCGGGGAACAUCAAUGAGAAACAGAUUAUAACAACAGACCUCAAAUCCAAAUGUACCGACUCCCACACCGGCACCUCUGCCUCCGCCCCGCUGGCUGCUGGGAUCAUCGCUCUCGCCCUGGAAGCCAAUAAACACCUCACCUGGAGGGACAUGCAACAUCUGGUUGUGCAGACCUCUCGCCCCGCCCACCUGCUCACGAACGACUGGACCGUCAAUGGAGUUGGACGCAGAGUCAGUCACUCGUACGGAUACGGUCUGCUCGAUGCCGGAGCGAUCGUAUCACUGGCGAAGACGUGGACGAACGUGGGGCCGCAGAGGAAGUGCGUGAUCUCCAUUCUCAGAGAGCCCAGGAACAUUGGCAGCCGUCUGGUGAUCGACAGGAACGUGGAUGCCUGCUUUGGCUCCGACAGCCACGUGACUUCAUUAGAGCACGUCCAGGCCCAGCUCACCCUGACCUACAACCGCAGGGGGAACCUGGCCAUCCACCUCGUCAGUCCUGCCGGCACGCGCUCCACCCUGCUCCACCCGAGGCCUCACGACUACUCGUCGGAGGGUUUCAAUGACUGGGCCUUCAUGACCACCCACUCCUGGGACGAGAACCCCAGCGGGGUGUGGAGGCUGGAGAUCGAGAACGUUGCCGACGAAAAAGACUACGGCACCCUGACCCAGUUCACCCUGGUGCUGUACGGCACAAGCUCGCCGUCUUCUAAGUCCUCUGAACAGUCCCAGUCCAGCAGUGACAACUGCAAGACUUUGGACCUGAGCAUGGAUUGCAUCGAGUGCAACCCUGGCCACUACCUCUUUCAGCAGGGCUGUGUGAGAGAAUGCCCCGCGGGCUUCGCGGUGGGCUCCCAGCCCCUCAACUACACGGUGGGGAACUACGUCUUGCCAGCUUCCGUCCUGACCUGCCUGCCCUGCCCGCCGCCCUGCGUCACCUGCAGCAGCCUCGGCCCCAUGUUCUGCCUGUCCUGCCCCGAUCACAGCUCCCUGGACCCGGGCACCGGCACCUGCCUGCGCCUCAACCACUCCAUGCGCGAGUCCCCCGGCGGCUUCAUGGUGGACCCGGAGGACCAGAAGCCCCCGCUUGAGAACGGCUCCCAGCUGCCCAUCACCGUGGCCGUGCUCAGCUGCGUGGCCAUCAUCGCCACCUUCGCCGGCAUCUUCCUGCUGCUGCAGCUGCGCUCCGGCGCGCUCAUCAAGCUGCCGUCCCUGGAGGCCGGCGGCGGCGGCGGCGGCUUCAGCCUGCGGGGGAGCAGGGUGGUGUCGUACCGCGGCAUCCCGACGGUGUGGGGGGACGACGGGCUGGACACUGACUCGGAGAACGAGUUUGACGUCCACAACGAGAGGACUGCCUUUAUCAAAACACAAAGUGCUCUUUAAUGCCUUCAUAAGUCCCUCCUGCUCUACUUUUUAAAUUCCUCUCGUCUCCAUCUCUCUGACACUUUCGGGGCUGUCCCCUCGCAGUCUCUUCCGCUCAUAAACCCAGUUAAUUUGAUCCGUUCUAUCUUCGUCAGAUCCUCAUUUUUCUUUUAGGAGCCGGCCCCCUCGCCCGGUUUGCGGGAGCCGUGAUGGGAAGCUGCUGUUUUUGAACGCUGGGGGACGGCCUGAGCUUUUUGCUCGCUGCACACUUGGGUGAAUUUCUGUCUAAGCGUCUCCUUCCUCCAAACCUCGAAUCACUGACAGCAUCUGUUGGUGCAGAGUUCAUUCUCCCCUCCAGCUCCUUUUUGUUACAGUAAACAGAUUCGUGCCGUUUACUGUAUCUGCCAGCGUCUCCCCUACCUUUCCUCCCAAUAGUCUCAGUGCAGUAGCCAGAUGAGAUUCCUGAGUGAUAGAACAUCUGAUGAUUUUUAGUGUGCGUUUCUGAAUGAACGAGACUACUUAACGAUGGGUGUCGAGAUCUGACGAGCAGAGCGGAGCGUCGUUCCCUUAAUGAAGACGUCGAAGUGCUAACCGAUGGCCAAAUUACCUAAAAAAUAAAAUGACCCAAAUGUUCCUAAUGAGGCACUGAAAAAUAUUUGUUCUCUCCACAUUGUCAUUUGUUGACAUCAGGAUUUAAAAUCACGUUUUAGCUGGGAGCCACAUUUUUUUUUUCAAGUGCGUUCAGUCAAAAGCAUAACCAGCAAUAGCAAAAAAAAUAAAAAAUAAAAUGGAAAUUUAAUAGUUUGAAAUGACACAGUAAAAUGAACGCGAUACAAGAUGGAAAAAAAAAAGAAGCUUUGCCAUCAUUUUAGAUUUUCUGACUUGGUAAACUGCAUUUUCAGGACAAAAAAAAUGCCAAGAAAAUGAAAGAUAAACGUCUCCUGCUCCCAGCCGUAGAUGUUUAAUGCCUGCAUCAGAUGGUGAAAGGUGAAGCAUCCGAGGCGCGGCGGCGCAUGUGUGAGCCCCUCCAAGCAGCUGGCAGGUGUUGACUCGCCGGUGAUUGAUUCCUCGACACAGCCGCCGCAGUAACAAUACGUCAAGUCUCUCCCCCCCCCCUGCUGUCAGAACGCAUCAGCCCCACAAACACCAGCCUUGUGUCUUAAUGGCUGGAUGUGGGGUUGGAGCGCGUACGUGCCGUAGGAUGUGAAGCAUCGCCUGACUCACCUGGCCUCUGAGGUGGUGGUUUAGGUUUUUUUUUUUUCACACUCUCAGCUCGCCUCCUCAAAUCUUAGGUAUUGAUUAAAAUCCCACGUCGACGCUCCUCAGCUCAUCAGUGUCUCUACACUCAUCCUCCAAUCAGAGAUUUGAAUAAUCAAGCCGGCAUACUUGGAAAUCAUCCUCCAAAUGAUACUACAGCAAAGAGGUUUUAUUAGUAUAAUUUUAUUUUUAAGUGGUGACAGUUUUUUUUUCCCCCUCCUUUCUGGGCUGUAAUCAUAUGAAAUAAGCAUCUCAUUGUUUAAUCCAUGAUGGCAAUUUUUGAUUCCUCUGAUUUUUUUUUUGUUGCAUUUUCUUCCUUCCUCUUUGUUUAAAUUUCUGCACAGAAAGCGCUGAUGCUUGCUGGGAGAGGUCUGCAGAUGAUGCUGCGCAUAGAAAACUGCAGCUGCUCAUCCUUUUUAUCUACCUCUCAUAUCCCACAGCAAGGCUUCAUGCACACUUUGAGGAGCUCUUAAUUACGGAGGUGAAUUUAAAUGUGGGUUAGGCACGCAUAUCUUCUCUGUGGUGAUUUGGGUGAAGGGGUGUGUGUGUGUGCGCGCGGGGGCCAAAUUCAUGGUUUAGAAGGGAAAGAGUGAAAGUAAAUCAGAGACUGUCACCUCCACUUCCCUGGAAAGUCAUCUUGUCUCUCUUUAAAUGUAAUGCCUUUAAGGAUCAGCAUCAUCCGCGGUCACACCUGGGCGUGAAAGCCGGUUACCGAGAUUAAACGGGUGAAAGAAACGUUCUCGGAUGAAAAUGGCUGGCAUUCACGUGCUAAAUCAACCUAAAACCAAUAGGGGCGUUUUUUGCUCUCCAUCUCUAAUGGGGCGUCUCCUCCUGGAGUUCAGACCCUUUUUGUUGUGUUUUUUUUUUUUUUUUUUCCCCUCCUCUGUUUAUGUCACUGACAAUCAGUUUCCUCGUCUUGAGGGCAAGAAGGUGCAAAGGCACACAAACAAAUCGAUUUUAGCUUGUAAUUGAACCACUGGUGUUUGCGAAGCCUUCACGGGUGUUUUUGGAAAAGGCAACAGUUGGUAAAGGGUAAAGCCGAGGGAUGCAGGGAUAUUCGUACGGAUGCCGUCACGCGCCGUUAAAAUCCCUUCAGACGGCCCAGAGGUGAAGGCGCAGCACGUUUGCUGGUUUCUGGACCGGAAGGGGACCCGGGCAUGUGUUUUUGCAGUUGUGAGCUUUAUGUGAUGUACGUCAGUGCCUACCGCCGUACGAGCUUUGCUUGGUCCCCGCUGAGCUCCGGCCUCCAGUCCCAGAAUCCUAUCGGCUCCCCCCCCCCCCUCGGCUUUGUGCAAACCCCCGAUAACGGGCAGCGAAGCGGCAUCCAGUUAAAAUCCGAAUGUUAAAGAAUUAUAAUGAAAAAA